CGUACACACAGGGCUCCUCUGUUAAGUGUGUUUCAUAACAGCAUUGAUUCACAAGGGCAAGUUCUCAGAUGAUUUAACAAAAUAGAAGGAAACAAAAUUGUCACUUGAAACGGUGUCACAGGGAUGGUGGCGCCCUAAUUAAUGGUCAUUCUAGCCCCAGCUUUGAGUUACACAGGCGCUGCCUGUCAAACAGAUAGCCCUGUUGGAGGAAUGUCUCUGGCCUCAGUCCGAGGCAUGUGGCUGCUUGUGGGGUGGAUUUACCGACAUAAUGCUCAAGGACUAUUUGAAUAACUUGUGAGUAAAAAUAUUUAAGAAACUCUUACCUUAGGAUGGCCACUUCAAAUGGGAAAGGUGAAAAGGUGUCCAAAUUUGAGACAUUGAAACUUUUGGAGAAAUGCAGUAAGGAAAGAGAUGAUGCCAUGCACAGAGAAAGUGUUCUAAGAGAGAAACUCAGACAGAAUGAGUCGAAGAUCCGUGCCACGGACGCUGUAAGACAGAAACUGAAGUCCUUGACUUUGGAAAACAAGGAGCUGAGGAAACAAGUGAAGGCUCUUCGUACUGAGAUUGGACUUGAACGCAGCCCUGACUUCAGUGGAAAGACCACAAAGGACAUAAUCGAUGACCUGCAAGAAAAGGACCGUGAGUGCAGGUCCCUGGUGGAGAAGACUGGGCAACUGAAUCUGACCAUUGAUGUUUUGACUUCAGAGGUGACAAAUAUGGUCACCUCUAAAACACUUUUAGAGGAUAAGUUGCAAUCACUGCAGCAAAAUCUCAAGGAUAUGACACAUAAUCAACGCCGCUUGCUGAAGUUGUGGGACGACAAGAAGGUCCAAAGGGAGCAGCUUGCCCUCCCUGCAAUUGCCAUGAAACCUGUACAGAAACCAUUCGUCCACAAAGCGGUUCAAACUGAGAUGUCUGUCAAUUCAUCCCAAAAGCUUCCAGUCAAUGCUUUUGAGACCAAGCCAUUCUCUCGGGACCAAGACAAACCCGUUUUGGAUAGUUUUCCAACCUAUGGAAAUGGCUAUCAUGACAAGAAAGCAUUCAUGCACGAUGAAACAAAAGGAAUAAAUAAAUACUCGACUCAUUGACUGAUAUUGACUAACAAUCUGCAUUCAGAAAGUAAAGCUGAGAUAUAGCUAAUAAAUGUGUAAAUAACAACAAGAUGAGAUACUAUUCAAUUAAUGUUACUUCUGGCUUUUUGGUUCGUUGUGUAAUUUGAUUCUCUGACAUUAUUUCAUUAUUUGUGUCAAUCUAACUUUAUAGAUCAACAUUGAACUGAAGCAGCUUUUUGAAAGUUAUUGUUUUGUGAGCUUAUUCGGUUUAAUCAAGCGUGCAUUGAUUGACUGGACUGCCUGACUGAUAUUUAUACAAAUAUUUGUGUUGUUGUUAAAGUUCAUUAACCAUAAUUCGGUUGGAUGUGAUACUGCCACCUGGCAGGAACACGGGCAACUUUUUAUCGGGGUCCUUCAAGGGUCCUUUGAAUGCAUGUGGCGCGAUAUG